AUGGCCAGCCGCCUGCGGGACUACGUUGUAUGCGGCAGCAGUGCUCGCUGCGUGGCAACCUUGCUGGCCUUCAAGCGGGUCAUCGAAUCCUACACUACCCCCCUCGGCACCUCGCUCUCUCGCCAUUUGACCACCCACCUUUCCCACCAGAUCACCUACCUCUCGACGUGUCGACCCCUCUCCAUCAGCCAGGGUAAUGCCAUUCGUGCAUUGAAGCUGGCUAUCGCCUCUGUCGACCCAUCAACCCCCGAACUCAGCGCCAAGGCCACGCUUUGCGAAUUCAUCGAUAACUUCAUCCGGGAGAAAAUCACUGUGGCUGACCAAGUUAUUGCUCAAAGUGCUGCCCAAAAGGUCCAGAAUGGCGACGUGAUUGUCACAUUUGCCGGAAGCUCCAUUGUCAAGCAGACCCUUCUCACAGCACACAAGCAAGGCAAGCGGUUCCGCGUCUCAAUUAUCGACUCGCGCCCGCUUUUCGAGGGCAAGAAUCUUGCCCGCGCUCUCGCCAAUGCCGGCUUGGAUGUGCAAUACUCUCUCGUUCACGGUAUCAGCCACGCUAUCAAGGAUGCCACGAAGGUUUUCCUUGGUGCGCACGCUAUGACCAGUAACGGCCGCCUCUACUCUCGCGUCGGAACCGCACUGGUUGCCAUGUCCGCCAAGGAACGUGCCGGUGGUGUCGAAGUGCCUGUCAUCGUGUGUUGCGAGACAGUCAAAUUCACAGACCGUGUCGCUCUCGACAGCAUCGUCGUCAACGAGAUCGCCGACGCCGACGAGUUGGUCUCGGCCCAGCCUCUACAGCAAGUCACCGGCCUAGUUGACCCAGAAGCCCCCACCAAGCCCGACAACAAGAAAGGCGGCAAAGGCGCAUCCAGCGCCCCUAAACCCGACCCCUCUGCCUCCCUUAACCCGUCACCUUCACCUCUCAGCAACUGGAAAGACAACCGUAAUCUUCAACUGCUCAACAUCAUGUACGAUGUCACGCCUGCCGAGUAUGUGGACAUGGUGGUUACCGAAAUGGGCAGUCUGCCACCCAGUGCGGUCCCCAUUGUCCACCGGAUGAGUACGAACCUGUGA